GUGUUCCUGAAAAGAAAGUACUUCCAAUCACUGUCCCCAAGUCACCGGCCUUUGCACUGAAGAACAGAAUUCGAAUGCCCACCAAAGAAGAUGAGGAAGAGGAGGAGCCGGUUGUGAUAAGAGCUCAACCUGUGCCACAUUAUGGGGUGCCUUUUAAGCCCCAAAUCCCGGAGGCAAGAACUGUGGAAAUAUGCCCUUUCUCUUUUGAUUCUCGAGACAAAGAACGUCAGUUACAGAAGGAAAAGAAAAUAAAAGAACUGCAGAAAGGGGAGGUGCCCAAGUUUAAGGCACUUCCUUUGCCUCAUUUUGACACCAUUAACCUGCCAGAGAAGAAGGUGAAGAACACAACUCAGAUUGAGCCUUUCUGCUUGGAGACUGACAGAAGAGGUGCUCUGAAGGCACAGACUUGGAAGCACCAGCUGGAGGAAGAACUGAAGCAGCAGAGAGAAGCAGCUUGUUUCAAGGCUCGUCCAAACACAGUCAUCUCCCAGGAGCCCUUUGUUCCCAAGAAAGAGAAGAAAUCCGUUGCUGAGGGCCUCUCUGGUUCUCUAGUUCAGGAACCUUUUCAGCUGGCCACCGAGAAGAGAGCCAAGGAGCGGCAGGAGCUGGAGAAGAGAAUGGCUGAGGUAGAAGCUCAGAAAGUCCAGCAGUUGGAGGAGGCCAGGCACCAGGAGGAAGAGCAACAGAGGGAGGAGCUGGCCAGGCUACGGAAAGAACUGGUGCACAAGGCAAAUCCAAUACGCAAGUACCAGGGUGUGGAAGUAAAGUCAAGUGACCAGCCUCUGACUGUGCCUGUUUCUCCCAAGUUCUCCACUCGAUUCCACUGCUAACCUCAGCCGGUGAGCUUCAGGCACCACCUGGGAACAGGAGCUGCUCUUUUCAUCAAACCAGAAGCCUUCUUUCUUUGUUACCAGGGCAUGGAGAGAACCCAUUUCUCUAGACUUUUACCUGCCCAUGCCCAACAGAGCGUACCUGACAAGUAUGGACUCCGAUUUUGUUGAGAAUUGUUUUCCUACAUUAUUGAGGCUAAUAAUGAGACUCAACUGACGCACGUCUUGCUGACUCCAUGUAGUUAUUUCCUUUGAACCAUCAGUCGACCUUUAAUAUGAGUCUUAACUCUGACUAGAGUUUAAAGUCUCUGUAUCAGCAUAGUAUACUUUCUAUUGCUUCUUUACCCCCUCUCCCUUUUUUUCCUAUUUUAAUCAGAAAAUAAAGAUAGUUAAAAACUAAGAUAGGAUUUAAGUCAUGGCUUACCUGAGGAACAGUCAGUAUAUUAGAUUCUUUCCUCAUCUCUGCACAAAAUGAAUUUAGAGUUAAGGAGCCUGUUUCUACAAGGGUGGAAGCCUCAUUAACUGCACAACCACGAGGAAGACGGUGGACCGACAGGGAGCCUCAUAGCAGCCAUCGGCAAGCUUUGGGGCAGAGCUGCUGUUAAGGCACAUUCUUCCCUUGUCAAUGCUGAUAACAACAGGGAAUGCUGUGCAGUACACAUUUUAAGUCCUCUGAUAGACUGGAGUGGAAUAAAUAUGUUUGUCUUCCCCUCCCUGAUUUUGUUACUUCAUGUUUUUAACUCUGUCAAGCCCCUUUGGAGGUCACAUCUUAUUGGAGAAAUGGGUACUUUGAGAAGAGGAGGGUCCAGGAACUUUUUAAAGCACAGGCUCUGUCCUUAGAGGAAAGUGCUUUAUAACGUUUUUCUGUCCUUCCAUAUUUUGUUAACUCCCUUCCAGGAACCACUCUGGAAGGGAGUGUGUUAUGCCUUCACACAGACCUGUGUCUUCUUUGCUAAAUGUGCUUUCUCUCAUCUGGUAAACUUCCUUGUAAGACUAAAGUAAAAUCUUUUUCAUAAAUCCUUCCUUGACCACCUGACCUCUGCAGGCAAGGAUGAUCACUUCCUUCUGUGUGCCUCCCAAAUGUUUCUUGUAUAUGUCUCUAGUAGAAUAGUUAUACUGCUGAAUUACUUGUAUUUGUUCACCAACUGGUACAGACCCAGAUACCUAAAAUUUUCUUAGUCCUCGAAAAUAAAAAUUAUCUUAGUCAUCUCUGUA